AUGUGCAUCUGCCAUGGCACGGCUUCAAGAAUGCUGCGAUGGCUUAGUCCCCUUGUGGCAGCUUCCUUCGCAGGCCAUUGCGGGGAAGGGCCGCGGCCACCGGUUGCCGAGACCCUGGUACGGGAGCUCUUUCGCGGAAUCGAUCCCAUGUUGGAGCCCGUUCCAGAUUUCAAGGAGGAGCGCAUCUACCCCGAGAUUACUGGCGUGACGGACGGAGACAUCGACAUGGUCCUGAUGUCCGCAGCCCAACCCGUGACCUUCUGGUUGGAGCUGGGCUCAUUGGAGGGCGGAUCUGCCAUCGUCACCGCGCGGCGCGUGGCUGCGCAUGGCUUGAACGUGUCGGUCAUAGCAGCCGACACGUUCUUGGCCGACGUGAACUUCCUCUGGACACGGCCAGAGAGUGAGAAGCAGAAGUUCAUACGCAGAGACGGAAGCGUGUUCCUCUACGACCGCUUCCGGGCGAACAUCCGAAGCGCCGAUCUGCACAGGUGCGUGCUGCCCAUGCUGGCCACGUCGGUGUCGGCGCUGAAGCUCGUUGCCACCCUGGCCCGUCAGCAGGUUCUCCCGCUGCCGCAGGUCAUCUACCUGGAUUCCGGCCACCAUGAGGGGGAGGUCUUGUUGGAACUACGCCUCGCUUGGCAAGCGCUUGCGCCGGGCGGCAUUCUGUUUGGCGACGACUGGUCUUUCCCAGACGUCCACCAGGAUGUGCUGGAAUUCGCCACGGAGGUUGAGGCUGACUUGGACGAUCAGCUGGGGGCGCAGGUCCAAGAUCGCGGCUUGCACACCAUGAGUCGGGUGGCGCCCGGCGUGUUUGUGUCCUACCAGAGCCUCAGCUACCAGUGGUUCAUGCGAAAGAGUUUCGCAGCCACGGGUACGAAGGCAGCGAAGGCCAAGGCCCGCGUGAAGGGCGGCGCCCACUGCUGGACGUCGGGCUUUGGACCCGAGCGGUGCUGCAACGAAGCGAAGCACGGACCAGGUGGCAACAAAGAGUGCUGGGACCUGGUCUAUACCUUUGAGAAGUGCUGCACAUAG